GCUGAAGAGCAAGAUGAGGAAAAUAAAUCCAUUUUAUUGGAAAAUCCUGUCCUUCCUUUUUGCUGUCCAAGAGAUCAACCAGGAUCCAAAAUUCUUAUCCAACAUCACAUUGGGCUACACAAUCCAGGACAGCUAUUUUGAUGUGAAAAUGACUUCCGACGCUCUGAUGGAUCUGCUUUCAAUUGGAGAGGCCAACGUGCCCAACUACAGCUGUGGAAGGCAGAAAAACAUCCUGGCACUUCUUGAAGGGGCUGCCACGGACAUCUCCAUCCAAAUUUCAGCCAUGCUGGGUACCUACAAAAUCCCACAGAUCAGUUAUACUUUUGCUUCACAUGUGCUAAGCGAUAAAACUCAGUUUCCCUUUUUCUACCGGACUCUCCCUUCAGAAGGAACCCAGUACUCAGGGAUUGUGAAACUCCUCCAUCAUUUCAGAUGGAUUUUAAUUGGGGUCAUUGCUCCAGACAAUGACGAUGGACAAACCUUCAUGAGAACUUUAACAACCCUGCUCACAAGGAAUGAAAUUUGUGUGGUUUUGUCCCAAACCUUCUCUGUGGUUGCCUUCCAUAUACGUAUUAAUUUAAAACAAUUCUACAAAUGGACACAAGUCAAUGUCUUUAUUUAUUUUGGAGAACAAGGUUCCUUCAUAAAUGGAAUAUUUAUUAUGCAGGAAGUGUUUAACCGUGUGAAAGCAUCCACUUAUGGCAAAGUCUGGAUUACUACAGCUAGCUGGGAUUUUAUGCUGGAUUUGAGAUACAGUCCAGAAAAUAUACUCUACACUUAUGUUUAUUUUUCCUUCUUCACCCACCAGAAAAAGUGGGCAAACCAGGAUGAUUUCCACUUAUUUUAUCCGUCUAUUAGAAGAUUUGUAGAGAUAACAUUUCAUUGUUCAUAUUCAAAGCAUCCCUUGGCCAAGAAAGGUAGGACAAAGUGCACCGAGAAAGAGAAGCUGAGGAUCCAACUGUCCAAGGAGGGGAAGGAAAGGAGCUUCUCUCUAGACAACUACCAAAUUUACCACUCUGUCUGGGCUGCAGCACAGGCGUUAAAUGCUGCAUACUCUUCCAGAAGUGAGAAGAUGAGGAGAAAGGAUAGAGAGACGAUAGAAGUUCAUAAAUUGCAACCAUGGCAGUUUCACUCCUUCCUCCAAAGCUCUCAUUUUUACAACUCUUCCAUGGGUAGAGUGUAUUUAGAUGAGAAUGGCAAGAUGGCAGCUGAUUUAAACAUCGUGAGCUCGUUGAUAUUCCCUAAUAAGUCCAUAAAGAGAUGGCAAUUUGGGAGUCUGAGAAGAGAAGAAUCUCCAGAGCUCAAGCUUUUCAUUGAUCAAGAUGGUACUGCCCCCCUCAACCUACUGGACAAGCCUCUGCCUUCUUCCAAGUGUGUGGAAAGCUGCCAUCCAGGUUUUGUCAAGGUGCCUCGGGAAGGGAAACCCCUUUGCUGCUAUGACUGCCUUCCUUGUGGAGAAGGGACCAUCUCCAUUUGGGAAGAUGCAAAAAAAUGCCUGACAUGUCCAGAAGAUCAAUAUCCGAACAUGGCCAAAGUUCAAUGUAUCCCUAAAAUUAUAACUUUCAUGUCCUACCAAGAAUCUUUGGGGAUCAUCCUAGUCUCUUUUAUUCUAUAUUUCUCCAUCACUACUGCUCUGGUGUUAGGAAUCUUCAUUAAACAUCGAGAAACUCCCAUUGUCAAAGCUAACAACCGGGAUCUCUCCUAUAUCCUCCUGGUCUCCCUCCAGCUUUCCUUUUUGACUUCCUUUCUCUUCAUUGGUCAGCCAAGAAAGUCCACCUGCCUCCUCCGUCAAACAACCUUCAGCAUCGUUUUCUCACUUGCUGUCUCUUCUGUGUUGGCCAAAACCAUCACAGUAGUGUUGGCCUUCUUGGCCACAAAGCCAGGACACACGAUGAGGAAAUGGCUGGGAAAAGCUUUGACCAACUCCAUUGUUAUUUCUGGUUGUAGUGUCCAGAUUGCCAUUUCUGCCAUUUGGUUGGGAAUCUCUCCCCCCUUUCCAGACUCUGAUAUGUAUUCCCAGCCUGGAGAGAUUGUCCUGCAAUGCAACGAAGGGUCUGUUGCCAUGUUUUAUGGAGCCCUGGGCUACAUGGGCUUCCUGGCCACCAUCUGCUUCACAGUGGCUUUUCUGGCCAGAAACCUGCCUGGAGCCUUCAAUGAAGCCAAGCUGAUCACCUUCAGCAUGCUGGUCUUCUGUAGUGUCUGGAUCUCCUUUGUGCCCACCUAUCUGAGCACCAAAGGGAAAUACAUGGUGGCUGUGCAGGUCUUCUCCAUCUUGGCCUCCAGUGCUGGGCUGCUGGGCUGCAUCUUCAUCCCCAAAUGUUACAUCAUUUUAGUAAGACCAAAUCUGAACACCAAGGAACUUCUAAUAAUCAAAGUAAAAUAGAAAACCUAGCUUUUCUGGAUUCAUUUUUUAGCAAUCUAAUUUAAGAAGAAAAUUCCCUUGCUCUUUCAAAUAUUGGGGAAUAUGUACAAAUUAGUCUGCAGAGAAAAUAUUUUAUUGAACUAUUUUACUUUUCUAAAUCAUAUGAAUGCGAAAUAACCUCAUAACUACAUAGUACGAUGGACUUGCAGGGAUGGCGCAACGUGCAUUAGGAGUGGGUGUUUGUUAAUAUGGUUUAUUGGGUUAGGGAUUUUCUGUCUUCACUGUGAAUUGUGUUGUGUUGGGCGGGAUGCACUGAGGGAGCUCCACCAAUCUCAUUGUACAUAUGUUGUGCAGUGACAAUAAAGGUUAUUAUUAUUAUUAUUACAAUUUA